CCCUUCUCUCUUGGACCCUCCGCCUCCUCCUCCUUUCCCUGGAGCUCAGUUUCUCCUCCCCCUCUUCCUCAACCAGUUUCGCCGUCCCUGUUCCAUCACUGAAGUCCUGAAUCAAGAUUUUGGGGACUUGCAUUUUGGGUGUCCCUUUUUCCUUUUUGGGCUGCUCUCCUCUCAGCCUACGGAAGAGACCAAAACGUUUAGGGGGGUCGGGCGGCGGCACCUGCUCCUGCUGUACCGCUGUCCUCUCGGUCACUUCUGCGGACAGUGACGAGGUGACUUCUGAAGUCCCAUCAGGAGGCCUUUGGGUUGGGUUUACAGCUCCAGGAUUGGACUGUGAUUCACUGUGUUUAACUUCUGGGUGAUUGGGAGUAGAUUGUGAUUUGCUAGUUUUCUCUGGCAUGAUGAAGAGAUCUUCAGAGAGUCUACGUGCUAACCUGGACCCACGGGAGUUAGGUGACUUGCGAACGCAGAGAUCUCCAGAAGACCGGCUGCUGCGAUGCCCGGAGGCUUGUGUCAGGCUGCUGUUAUUCGGCUCAGUCUGGUCUUUCACAAGGUGCAGGUUCUUCAGAGGUACCCGUUUCUACUGAACUCGUCUUCCCAUCAGGCUCGGCCGUGAGAGUCGCUGCUUCCGCCUGUGUGCAAGGAGGUGCUAUCAAGUCAGUAUUCUCCAUUUCUGUUGGCGUUUCCUCUGCUUGUGUUUGAUCAAUGUCAACCUGUGCAUCUGAGUGUGCAGUCAAAGUUCUUUCUUCUUCCUCCUGUGUGGGUUCAGAUUCUACUGCAUCACACUCUUUCUCAAAUUCUUCAUGUGACUCCCUCACUAUGUCGUUUGCAACUAGUAUUUCUGCUUCAGUCUCUGUAUCAGCUACUAAGCCAUUGCCGUCUUUUGGUUGGAUGCAUUCAGGUAAACACAGUAUUAAUGUUUCUGCUUCUGUCUUUGAAUCUAUGUGUUGUUCUGAAUCUGUGUGUACUAUUUCAGCUUCCAGUUCAUGUGUGGCUGCAUUUUCCUCUGCCUGUUCUUGAGUCUGUGCCAGUACAUCAGUUUCUGUCUCUGUUUGGGUGUGGGACUCUUCUUUCAUGUCUGUUCCUGCUAAUGACUCAGUGCUGUGGUAUUUUUCUUCAAAUGUAUCUCUCUGUGGGCUUCUGUCUGUCUCUGUGAUGACUUCUCGCUGUUGCUGUUGUGGCUCUGUCUCUGCAGUAGGAUCUUUGACAGUUGGAGCUUCGACUUUACUGUCUGUCUCUGAGCCUGGGCUUGUCACUGUGUCCACCUGCGUCUGUUGCACAUUUUCAGUUUCUGUGCUCUCUUCUGGUUUCAUGUCAGCCUGAAUCAUAUGUUCCUCACUUGAGUAUACACUAUCUUGUGUCUCCACCUCUUUGUUUUCAUCUGCAUAGGCAUCUUCAUGUAGCUCAGUCUGAUUUCCCUCCACAGCAGCGGUAUGUUCACUUUCUUCCACUUGUUUUUCUGUCUCUUCUUUUGCGUCUUUUGCCUCAAUUUCCAGGUGCUUGCUUUCGUGACUCUGUUCCCGAACUUGUGACUGACUAUAAGAGUCCAGCUCCUCUCCCUGUUUGUGUUCAGUAGGCUGAAGAAUAUUUUCAACAGUCUGAUCUUCGGCUGGAUCUUUGAUUAGUUCUGUCUCAACAUUUGUUUCUUCGGUCUGGUUUGAAAGCACUUUGCUUUCCUCUGUCUCUUUGAGUUGCGGUUCCUCCUUUACAGUGAUUCUUGUUUCUACUUGUUCAAUCUGUUCUUUUACGACGACUGUUUCUUCUACAUGCUCUGUUGGCAUGUUUUGGAUUUCCAUCUUUUUAGGUUCUUCUAAAAGUUUUUUCUGUUCAGUUUGUUCUGUGAGUUUCGGCUCACUCUGUUUCUUAUGUUCCUCAAAAACUACGUCUUCCUCCUCCUGAACGCCCUGCACCUGUUUGAAAUUUAUCUCGGCCCAGCUCCUCAAGUCCUCCUUUGCUCCCAUUGAUAGAUGCCUCACAACUCUGCUGUUGCCUUCCAAUUCGCGUGUGUUGGCCUUUCCCCCUUUCCUCCACCUCUUGUGAAGAAGGGAGGGAGAGAGCGAGAGAGUGGAGGCCGAGCGAGCAAGAGGGACGGACAGGUUCCCUUUCUCUCUUGCUUUCCUGUCCCGCUCUUCCUCGUUCUGUCGAGCCUUCGCCCAUGCCAUCCGGUAUCCCUGGCAGCGACCUCUGGGGUCAAAGGUGGAUGAGGGUCUGUCUCUCCUCCACUUUUCUAACUCCUUCUCAGUAUGCUUUUCCAGAUCUCUGGCUGACAGCUGCACCGAGCACACCUAAGAAAGGAAGAAAAACAAUGGUCUUACUUUUGUUUUACUCUAAUUUCCAGAAUUUUACAUAUGUACAUUCGCUCCGAAAAUGCCUCCCACGUGUACAAAAGCAUCUUUAUAAUGUCUCCACUCAUUUAUUAAUAUAGCUUUUCCUUGAAUCUCAACUGUGUGGUGCGGUUUAAAGCUUCAGAAAAAGCUACUGAGGGAACCUUGAGUUGGGUUUUAUUUUUGGUAAACUACUGUACUGCUCUUCUCAACACCACCCAUGUGUUUCAUUCUUACCUCUGCUAUGAAGGAGUCGUCUUCCUCUUGGACCUCGUCCCUGACGCCCCUCAGCCUCUCCAGAGUCUCCAUUUGUCCCUGACACUGCUUCCUCUGCUCGGCUCGGCCCAGCACCCGACGCACCAGCACCACCGCCACCUGCAGCAGCACCCGCACCCCUGCACACGAGAGAGGAGAGGAGUGGGCAUACCAUAGCAGAAAAAGAGGUCCCAGACUCGGAGCAGUGUGUUGAAGGGCAGGUGACGUGUGAAGAGACACAUCAGCCAGUCAGUGGCGAACAUGAGGGGCUCCACUCCGUGGUGCUGCAGGUGUUUGUGUGCAGCUGGACAUGUCCUUUUCAAGACCCAGGUCAGCAUGGCCGCAUCAAACAGGACUCCCUCCUACAGAGGCAUCUAAGACGGGACACACCUUGCUGGUCUUCUUCAACAAGAUGCGAUCCCAUUGGCUAAUGAUAUUUAUCCACUUGGUCUCCCUCUGCCUGACCAACUCAGGGGCUGGACCCACACUCCUGACACACAACAGCAUACAAAACAGCAGAUGUCUACUGUACUGAGUCUGCGUCUUCUCCACUGCUACUCAAAACCUGGCCCAUUUGGAUAUGGUCCUGGUGUCAUUCGCCCAUUCAUUCUCAGUGUGCAGAGAGAGGGCUACAAGUAUGUAAAUGCUCAGGAGCUGCCGACAGACCUGAGGUCCAUCACUGACCGGGCUGCAACAACCCUCCUUUGGACUGAACUUUUUAGAGGUUUGGCGAUGACCAUGAGUUACCUGUUCCGUGAACCUGCCACCAUCAACUACCCAUUUGAGAAGGGCCCUCUGUCACCCCGCUUCCGUGGAGAGCACGCUCUCCGCCGCUACCCUAAUGGAGAGGAACGCUGCAUUGCCUGUAAGCUGUGUGAGGCCAUCUGCCCUGCUCAGGCCAUUACCAUUGAAGCUGAGACUCGAGCUGAUGGCAGCAGGAGAACUACGCGCUAUGACAUUGAUAUGACCAAAUGUAUCUAUUGUGGCUUCUGCCAGGAAGCCUGUCCUGUUGAUGCCAUUGUUGAGGGUCCAAACUUUGAGUUCUCCACAGAAACCCAUGAGGAGCUGCUGUACAACAAAGAGAAGCUGCUUAACAAUGGAGACCGAUGGGAGGCUGAGAUAGCAGCCAACAUACAUGCAGACUACCUGUACAGAUAAAUGUGUACACUGCCCGCAAAGAUGUGUCACAAUAUGAAAAUGACACAUCUUAUCAGCCUCCUAUCCAUUGAGAUUAAUUGUAGCUUUAAAGAUAUUCCAGUGAGUAACAAAAUAAGAAGUGAAGCCUUGCAGCCUCAGAUUAUGUUGUUAGAACUGAGAAAAAAUAUAUAAAAAUGCACAAAUCAUGUCUUAAGUUAUAAAGAUGGAGGAUGUUGUACUUUAUUAUGUUAACUGUAUAGUCUGUAACACAUGUAGCCUAUGCACAGUCCAUUAUGUAUUAUUUUCUGCUGCACUUUAAAAGCUUGUAUUUGAUGUUAUUGGUAGGACAUUUCUAAAAGAGUAUAUUUAUUUAUGUAAUGUGAUGUUAUUUAAGAUAUUGAAAUAAAUCAUGUUUUAAAACUUUAA